AUGGUCACCAAGCGCAAGGCUGCACCUAGCCCGCUCCACCCGCCCGACCGCCCGCUCCUCGCACUCGGCCUCGAGGGAUCCGCCAACAAGCUCGGAGUCGGCCUCAUCCUACACUCGCCGCCAGCUCCGAGCACCGCCAGUGGCUCGCACAAGUCCCCGACAGGCGACUCGGCCACCGUCUCGAUCCUCAGCAACAUCCGCCACACCUACGUCACCCCGCCAGGCGAGGGCUUCCUCCCCUCGGACACGGCCCGGCACCACAAGCGCUGGAUCUCGCAGGUCGUCGCCAAGGCCCUCGAACAGGCCGCCAAGUCGAUGCACGACGUCGACGUCGUCUGCUUUACAAAGGGCCCCGGCAUGGGCGCUCCCCUCCAGACCGUCGCCCUCGUCGCGCGCACCCUCGCCCUCCUGUACAACAAGCCCCUCGUCGGCGUCAACCACUGCGUCGGCCACAUCGAGACGGGCCGCCUCAUCACGUCGUCGCCGUCGCCCAUCGUCCUAUACGUCUCGGGCGGCAACACUCAGGUCAUCGCUUACUCGCAGCAGUGCUACCGCAUCUUUGGCGAGACGCUCGACAUUGCCGUCGGCAACUGCCUCGACCGGUUCGCGCGCAUCAUCGGGCUCAGCAACGACCCGAGCCCAGGCGCCAACAUCGAGAAGGAGGCCAAAAAGGGUCGCCGGCUCCUCCCGAUCCCGUACGCGACAAAGGGCAUGGAUAUCAUGCUCGGCGGCAUCCUCCACGCCGCAGAAGCCUACACGCGCGAUCCUCGGUUCCGCCCCUCGAGGAGCGGCGGCGAGGAGGAGGAGGACGUCAUCACGCCGGCCGACCUGUGCUUCUCGUUGCAGGAGACGGUGUUCGCCAUGCUCGUCGAGAUCACCGAGCGGGCCAUGGCGCAUGCGGGAGGGCGCGAGGUCCUCAUCGUCGGCGGCGUCGGCUGUAACGCGCGGCUGCAGGAGAUGAUGGAGAUCAUGGUGCAGGAGCGAGGCGGCAGCAUCUUUGCGACGGACGAGCGGUUCUGCAUCGACAACGGCAUCAUGAUCGCCCACGCCGGCCUGUUGAGCUACCGCAUGGGCUACGAGACGCCACUCGAGGAGACGGCGUGCACGCAACGGUUCCGAACAGACGAGGUCCUCGUCAACUGGCGCGCAUAGUCGCCCUCGCCCUCGCUCUUGAGCAUACCCGACGCCGCUGCAAUGUACUUGAGCACCGCGCGACAGCCUGAGUGCCCUUUGCUG